AUGACCAACGUCGCCACGCUGAUAGCAAGGGAUUUUGUGUACAGCACCGACUCGAUUGGGUGCCAGUUGCAAGGCUUCUUGGUUCAGAUGUUCAUGCCAGCGGAUGCGUUAUGGACUCUGGCGAUGGCCGUGAAUGUCUACUUGACGUUCUACCAUAAAUACGAUUCGGAGAGGCUACGCAAGAUGGAAGUUUGGUACUUUUUGCUUUGCUAUGGGAUACCAUUCAUCCCAGCACUUACAUUUAUAUUUGUCUCAGCUCCUGGAAGGGGGCGUAUGUAUGCGGAUGCCGCCCUGUGGUGCUGGAUUGCGGGGAAAUGGGAUGUAUUCCGUAUUGCCACUUUCUACGGCCCCGUAUGGCUUGUGAUUCUGGCCACCUUCUUCAUUUACCUACGAGCAGGGCGGGACAUCUACAACAAGCGCAGGCAACUGCGUUACUUCUCCAGCAGUCAUGAUCCUGAACCUCUUACGAUGGAUGACCCGUUCUCAUCCAAGACGACCGAGGUCAUGGUCACCACUGAGGAGGCAAGUAAUGGACAGGAAGGUAUCGACCUUGUAACACUCGAUCGAGACAACACCGAGGCUGGUCCUUCACAGCCGUCGCAAGGCGGCGCAUACUCCGUAACGAUAUCGUCGAGUGUGCGUCGUGACCCAGGUUCACAUGCCGAAUUCAGCCUUCCCGUUCAAAGCAAUGUACAGAUACAAGAGCCUUCUACAGCACGACCUGGCCGCCAAAAGCGCAGGGCCAACUUCGAAGCCAACAACGCAGCGUGGUCUUAUGCGCGGUGCGCUAUUCUCUUUUUCACAGCCAUUCUGAUCACCUGGAUUCCGUCUUCAGCCAACCGAGUGUAUAGUGUGGUACACACUGGUCAGGCGUCUCUGGUGUUGGAACUCAUGAGCGCCAUCGUCUUGCCUCUGCAGGGUUUCUGGAACGCCGUGAUCUACAUCACAACCUCGUGGUCCGCAUGCAAGUACUUCUUUUCGGAGCUAGGGCAUCACACGCGGCGCCCCAGCAGCACGCAGCUCACUGGCGACUACAACGACAGGAGAAAUACAGCCUUCAAGAUCCCCAGCCUUAAGGGGAGAACAAAUUACGAGACGGAGAGCAUGACGGAACUAGCGACUCCUACGAGGCCGAACUCGAAUGAUGAGCCAAAAGGAAGCAUGUAG